AUGGAUUUCGAAGAAAACGAAGAUUUGAACGGUGUGCGUUUUUCCUGGAACGUUUUUCCAGCAUCCAGAACGGACGCCAACAAGAAUGUGGUUCCAGUUGGAUGUUUGUACACGCCUCUUAAGGAGCGUGAAGAUCUAGCUGUUGCUGCCUACAACCCAGUUGUGUGUGGUAACAUCAGCUGUAAGUCGGUUUUGAACCCAUAUUGUGAGAUUGAUGUUAGAUCCAAUUGUUGGAUAUGUCCAAUCUGUAAGACCAGAAACAUUUUGCCUCAACAUUAUGCUAAUUUGACUCAAGACAACUUGCCCUUAGAGUUGACGAACACUACUAUUGAGUACAUUACCAGUGUUCCAGUCCAAGUGCCACCAAUUUUCUUUUUCGUUGUCGACACGACUGCGGAAGAGGAAAACUUGCAGGCCUUAAAGGAAUCCAUUAUCACUUCAUUAUCGUUGCUCCCAGCUAACGCUUUGGUUGGUCUGAUCACUUAUGACAAUGUGAUUCAAUUGCACGAUUUAUCUUCAUCUACUAUUGACAAGUGUAAUGUCUUUAGAGGUGAUCGUGAAUACCAAUUGGCUCAAGUUGUCGAAAUGUUAACUGGUGAGAAGAUGAAUGCUGCCCAAGCUGUAAACAUUAAUGCUCCAGCAAAGGUGACUCCAUUUUCGCUAAAUAGAUUCUUCUUGCCAUUGGAGCAAGUUGAAUUCAAGUUGACUCAAUUGUUGGAGAACUUGAAGCCUGAUCAAUGGGACAUUAAAUCCGGUUUCAGACCUUUAAGAGCCACUGGUUCUGCUUUGAACAUUGCAUCUUUGGUGCUAGAAGGCUGCUACAAGCAUGUUGCCGCAAGAGUCAUCUUAUUCUCCUCUGGUCCAGGUACCGUUGGCCCAGGUCUUGUCGUUUCUCCUGAAUUAAAGGAUCCAUUAAGAUCACACCACGACAUCGACUCCGACUCUGCAAAGCACUACAAGAAAGCUUGCAAAUUCUACAACCAUUUGGCUCAAAGGGUUGCAGACAAUGGCCACACAAUGGAUAUAUUUGCCGGCUGUUAUGAUCAAGUUGGUAUGUCUGAAAUGAAAAAGUUAACAGAUUCCACAGGUGGUGUUUUGUUGCUAACAGACGCCUUCUCAACAGCCAUCUUCAAGCAAUCUUAUUUGAGAUUCUUCUCAAAGGAUGAAGAAGGCUACUUGCAAAUGGCUUUCAAGGGUAACUUGUCUGUUAAGACUAGUAGUGACCUAAAGUUGCAAGGUUUAAUUGGCCACGCAUCUCCAGUUAAGGCUAAAACUGAAGCUUCUAAUGUCAGUGAUUCAGAAAUUGGUAUCAGUGGAACAUCAACAUGGAAAAUGUCCGCUUUAUCUCCAAGACAUACGUAUGCUGUAUUUUUCGAGAUUGUCAACCCUGGCGCUUCUGCAGAAGUCAUUUCUGACAGACCAAAGUUGGCAUAUACUCAAUUUAUCACCUCUUAUGAGCAUGCUUCUGGUACAAACCGUGUCAGAGUCACUACUGUGGCUAAUCAAAUGCUACCAUUUGGAAACCCAGCCAUUGCAUCCUCGUUUGACCAGGAAGCGGCUGCAGUGUUAAUGGCACGAAUUGCCGUGGAUAAGGCUGAGUCAGAUGAUGGAGCCGAUGUUAUCAGAUGGAUCGACAGAACUUUGAUUAAGCUCUGCCAAAAAUACGCGGACUAUAAUAAGAAUGACCCUUCUUCUUUCAGAUUAUCACCUCAAUUCUCAUUGUAUCCUCAAUUUACUUACUAUUUGAGAAGAUCUCAGUUCUUGUCUGUCUUCAACAACUCUCCUGAUGAAACUGCCUUCUACAGACACAUUUUCACUAGAGAAGAUACAACUAAUUCAUUGAUUAUGAUUCAACCUACACUAACAUCUUUCUCUAUGGAAGAAGAACCACAACCAGUCUUAUUGGACUCUGUAUCUGUCAAACCAAAUACUAUCUUGCUAUUGGAUACAUUCUUCUAUAUCUUGAUUUACCAUGGUGAACAAAUUGCUCAGUGGAGAAAGGCUGGUUAUCAAGAUGAUCCUCAAUACGCUGAUUUCAAGUCUCUAUUAGAAGAGCCUAAGCUUGAAGCAGCUGAAUUAUUAAUAGAUAGAUUCCCAUUGCCAAGAUUUAUUGAUACAGAAGCAGGUGGGUCUCAGGCUAGAUUUUUGUUAUCAAAGUUGAAUCCAUCAGACAGCUACCAAAAUGGUGCUGCUGCUGGCUCUACCAUUGUGCUAACUGAUGAUGUCUCUUUGCAAAACUUUAUGUCUCAUUUACAACAAGUCACCGUUAAUGGGCAAACUUAA